AUGAGUGGCACUAGAAGUGUUCCAUUUGGUAAGGAUUUGCCACCACCCCUUGUACCACUGCCUAGUUGCCAUGCUCGCGUGAAACAACUGCAGGCUCGACUAUUUAACGGAGUUCCACUGUCGACGAGUUACAUAGCCAACUGUCGAUUAUGUUUGGGCAGCAACUUUGGCGAAAAAAGCACCACCAUCAUCGAGGAACGACUCUGCACCAUGUUGAAGCACGUAUUUCCUUUCCCGAUUAACAAUCAAAUAGGACUACCGAUGAACGUUUGCACUGAAUGUUACAAAUCGGUACAGAUAUUUUACGGAUACAGUCAUCAAGUGCAGAUUAAUCAGCAGAAACUGCAAGAAUCAUUGGUGAAAGCAGAGUGCCUGGACUAUACUGAAAUCAAUAAUGCCGUGCUGAAGAGAACAAAAUACCCCGGCGUAAAACAAGAAAAAAUUGAAUCUGGCAUAAGGGAAAGACUGUAUGUGGGAAGUGAAGAAUCUCAGAAGAAUUAUGAGAAAAAGCUCCUAAUUGAUACAGAUGUACAAAGCAAAACGGAAGUUGAUGAGGCACAUCAAGGUGAGAAUCCACCUUCGCAACCGCCGUGCGACGAUGAGAAGCCAUUGCGAACUGCAGCAAAGGUUGGAUCUGUUAGCACAAUUGAAGCAGCAAAAGGUAAUACGAGGACUGGAUUAUCUUUGGUAGAAUGCAAGAGAAACGCAAAUGGAAAUGAUACAAAAGAUAAGAAUGCAGAAUCAUCCCCGAUAGCGCUUAGUUGUGCCAGGAAGAAAACACGCUAUUCAUCCGACGAAAGCAAUUGUAAAACAUUUGAACAGAACGCCACGGACCUUGCCAACCGUUUGGAGUUGAAGCCUAUGUUGAACGUAUGUUGUACAUGUAAACAAAGAUUUGAUAAACAUGAUCAAUUGCUAUACCACCAGAAAACUCACUUGAUGAAAGAGUGUCCAAUAUGUAAUCAAUCGAUACAGUAUACUCUACUGGCAAAACAUGUAAUAAAGGAGCACGCGGAACGUGAUCGUUGGGAAAAGAAAACAAAAUAG